AUGUGGAGGUCUCAGUUUUGUUUUAUAUGUUGGGCCACCAAGAAAGCGUUAUAUUCAGGCUUCCAAUCAAGCAGUAUUUCAAAACACAGGACCCAAUCGUACAAGUGGCAGAGUGUUGACAAAUGGGGUACGUUACAGAGAAUUAAUGGUACCCAUAUAGACAAUUGGCAAUUAUUAGUGGCAAAACCUCUGUUGAGCAAUGAACAAAUACAGCAAUUUAUAACGUCCACAGUUCUUCCUACUGGUCGCUCAGUCGCCAGCACUGAGACAGUGAACCCUAAUGUCACCAAUUGUACUGUGUAUCCUUCUCAACCUGGAAACAGGAUACAACAACAGACUGAUUUCACAAAUGUGCAACCACAAUUGAUUUUGAAUGAGCUGAGAUCUGGACAGACCCUACCAUGGGUGUCCAUCCAGCAGCCAUCUCAGGAGACCAAGCAACAGCUUGUCUUAAACAGCCAGGGAUACAUUCAUCCCUCAGACCAGAGUACUUUUGCUGUCCAAAUUUUAAACCCGACUUUGACACAGGCAGAGCUCCAACAGCCAAUCUCUGCAACUGAACUGAUUUUACCCACAAGCUUUGAAACUCAAGGCUCUACUCCAACCAUUGUGACAGAUGGAUGGGUUUAUGGAACAAGACUACAAGUUCCUACCAACAUCCUCAGUGUUCCAUCAGCUACAGGAGUGUAUAACCAGACCAUUCAACUACCACAGCAAACAGUCCAUGAAGUCAGUAGUAACUUUUACUACAAUGGUGUAUACUCACCUGUGAUAACACCCACACCUAAUGUGACAACACCUGGACCAUCAGCUGAGUAUCCCCAGAGGUCUUCUGCUAAGCUUAAAUCAUGGAGUCUUCAACCACAGAGUGUACCUGCAUUUGUGGCACCAGUUGAAGCACAAACAAAAUCUAAACCUAAAAAGUCAAAGGAAAAGAUUCCUAAAAAUGUUUCUCAGGUACAGUAUGUGAGUGCAAACAAACAUUUGACUUCCAAAAGCACAAUGUCUAAAGGGAGUAGAAAACUAGAUAAAAACAAUGCAAUACCUAUGCAGCAAUCAGUUGGAAAGCCAAUGGAUGUAACUUUGCACCAGACUGAGAAUUCUGUACAAACUUCUGUAACUCAGAAAGGUGGCAAGAAGGGAGUCAAGCGCAUUGUUGUUCCACCAAAGGCUCAGACAGAUUCAGUGGAAUAUCCUCCAUAUGUGGCCAGAAUAAUGAGGAUCCUGAACAGGCAAAAACAGGGUCAGGUGGAAUCUGCCGAUGGUAAAAAGGAAACAGAAUCUGAUGUUUUCACAUCCAAACAAAUGACUUCUGUUGGUAAAAAAGAUACGAGCAGAGCUGAUUCUACUCACAAACAGGCUACUUCUACUGCUGACAAAAAGGCAACUGACACUGUGGGCUUAAGCCCUAAACAGAGUGUUGUAGAUAGAACUCUAGUGUCAUCAAAACCGUCUGUGCUAGAACAAAAGGUAACUGUUUAA